AACUCUCGUGCUCAGGUACAUUCGAAUGGCGACUGAAUUACGUCAUGAAAUGGUCCACCAAUCAGGCGAUAGGUAUGACCCAAACACGGAAGCAGCCCUGACGGAUGCCAAAGCAAAAGUUAAGACCCUGCCUCUGGCACAAAAGUGCACUGUAAACGGGAUUUUAUGUAUAAACCUUGGAACAACCAAAAGCUCCAAAAGUGUAUCAUUACUUUAGAUGGGUUUCUCAUGGUUUCGUAUGACGGUACCGCUUUGUUUAGCGGUUUUAUCCGUAGCUCUCGCCAUCAUAGGACAAAUACCUGCCAUGCCGCCCGUCCUGCCCACCACCAUCGGUGUGUGCUCUCUGGUCGGGAUGGCUGUCAUUUGGAGAGACAUUAGCUCGAAGAUUAAGGGCGAAAACCGGACGUUUGGCAGUCUCUUCAGCCAGUACCUGGCGGUGAAGGUUGUGGGCUUGUUAGGAAGGCGACAGAGAGCGAAACUUGAAUCAGACACGCUCAAGGUGAAGCAAGCCCAGGAGGAGACUUUGCUGAAGCGGCUCCGUAAAAAUGCUGACACGCUCUAUGGGAAACAGUACGACUUCAGCUCCGUUAAAGACAUCGAUGGCUUUCGGAAGUGUCAUCCCAUCACCACGUACGGGCAUUAUCGAGAACUUAUCGGGCGCAUCGCUGCUGGGGAGGAGAAGGUGAUUAUUGCUGAGAAGCCACUCAUUCUUGCCAUGACUUCUGGGACUUCAGGAGCCAGCGCCAUGCUUCUCAGCACAAAGGACACCAACACUGAGUUCUUCCUCCAGGUGAAACCUCUGCUUUAUGACGAUGAUAGUGAUGAUGAUGAUGGCGUGACCGUGUGCUUGGAUGCAAUGCGACAGGCCUUUCCUGAGACCGAAAGCCUUCAGCGAACCACCAAGCUCUUCUACACCCCCACCUUUCGGCAGUCUGAGGCUGGCAUCCCCAUUGGACCCAACUCCUCCACGCCUGCCUCGUCCCGCCACAUGCUCAACCUCUACACAACCCCAGCUCCUGCCUUUGAAGUUCCCAGCGAGAAGGACACUCUGUACUUGCAUCUCCUGUUUGCUCUGAAAGAUCCCAGUGUGGGGACACUGGAGUCCAACUUUGCUUCUACAGUUUUCUAUGCUUUCACUGCCCUACAGGAUCGCUGGCAAGAACUGGUGGAGGACAUUGCAGAGGGCAAAAUCAGCAGCGCUCUGAGUCUGGAUCCUAACGUGAGGGCCAGGCUUGAAACCCUGAUGAAGCCAGAUCCACAAAGGGCUGCUCAGCUUCGGGGCCACUUCCAGGAAGGCUUCAAGGGGAUUGCCAGACGGCUUUGGCCUCAUCUUCACCUGGUGCUGGCGGUGGAUUCUGGCUCAAAUCAGAUCUACGGUGAAAUGUUGAGGGCCAACUACUGCGAAGGAGUGGCUUUCUAUUCACCUUUCUAUGCUGCUACAGAAGGUCUCAUAGGGGUCAACUUGUGGCCUAAUGAGCCAAACAGACGGUACCUGCUGUGUCCACGCUCCAUGUUCUGUGAGUUCCUGCCAGAGAGCAGCCUCGAGGAGGAGACGCCACAAACCCUGCUGAUGGAGGAGGUGAAGGAGGGAGACAACUAUGAGCUGGUGAUCACUAAUGCCUCAGGACUCUUCAGAUAUCGUAUCGGAGACAUUGUGAAAGUUGUUGGAUUCCACAACCAGUGUCCAGUUGUGGAGUUUCAGUACAGACGGGGUCAGAUGCUGAAUGUCAGAGGGGAGAAGGUGUCCGAGGCUUUGUUCCUCGGUGCGUUGAAGAAAGCAGUUGCUCAGUGGCCAGGAGCUCAGCUGGUCGACUACUCCUGCGCUGAGAGUGGAAUAUUAGGUGAUUCUACCGGAGGCUCUGACCCUCAUUACCAGGUGUUUAUAGAGCUGAAAGGUGUGAGAAAUCUGACAGAGGAGCAACGAUAUAAGCUGGAUGUUUGCCUUCAGCAGGACUCUGCUGUCUACAAGUCCUUCCGUAUCAAAGGCAGCAUCGGCCCAAUGAGGGUGCAGCUGCUGUCCGAGGGCUCUUUCAAGGAGCUCCGUAAGCAGAUGAUGGCCUAUACCAGCACCUCACCCAACACGUUUAAAAUGCACCGCGUGCUGCGCCGGAAAGAAUAUGCAGACUUCCUGUUGGGAAAAACAAUCUCCUAAAAUAAGCAAAGGACUUUAAAAUGUGCUACUGGACACUGACUGAAGGAUAUAUGGCCAAUUUUGAAGGCUUUUUAUGGCAGAAUUUGUGUAUUGUGCCUUUUGGAGGUCUUAAACAUAAAACACAUUUGAAUUCUCAUUGAAAUAAGAAUUUUUGACAAAUCUUUACCUUUCUGAUUUUUGUUUAUGUGCGUCAUAAUCUAUGACAGUUAAAGAUAUGAAUUGUUCUGUUUGAUGUUUUUGUUCAUAUUUGUAUCAUUUUAUGUAACCACAGUCAAUAUUUGUCACUGUAAUCCUUCAGGAUAUGACAUCUAACUUAAACCACACGCAGUAAAUACUGUACCAAACAACUCCUCUGAGGCCUUAUCUCUAACCAACGUUUUUACCGUGUUUAAUUACACAAAUUAUGUUGAUGAGGAAAUUGUUUAUAUUUUUGUGUUUUUAUUUAAUUAAAUGUUUCUAUCUUAGUUUAUAGGAAGAAGCUAAAUAAACUGUUUUCAGCUUGUAAAGGA